GCUGAUUGAUUUCCGUUAUUAGCGGAUGGCGGAUGCUCGUGACAGGCAGUGAGCUACAUGAUCAAAUGAGAUAGAAGGUAAGCAACGACCAAAGACCAACACCUGGAAUUUACUGGAUAUUAACAUCACACGUGCCCGUUAUUUAGCCUAGCCUAUGGUCUGAAGGGAGACACAACAAUAGUAUGGGAGGGUCCAGCAAACAACCAUUAGUUCCAUAACCAUAGUUAAAAGUAGCGAGUUUUAUUCUUAAGAAAACAAACUGACUAUAUGUUUCUUGAAACCAUAAUAAUUCACCUUUAUUCAACUAUUGCCCCCCCAACCAAGAACAUUGUUUUUCUCUUUCAUAGCCACGGUGACGCUUCGUUAUCAUGUGAUCAGCGAGCUGGUAUAUAGCGCGAGGAAAGGUCCGCCCUAUUUGGAAUACUGCUUUGCCCUAUUUGACGUGUCUCCCGUUCGCCUGAAUUAGCGCAUGGAUGCCUUGCUAUAAGGUUAACUUUCGAUCGACAGCCUUAUGAAUGUCUAUGGCGGCAUACGGCUUUGCGCUUGUCUUGAUCACGCAGCUAAUUAUGAGUCUUUCCAAACCGCAGCAGUAGCAGCAGCGCACGCACCGUCUCACCGAGAGCCAUGACUCUGAGCUCCGAGAUGUCGGACGCGUGUGCGCUCUCGGAAGAGCCGGACAUCGAUGUGGUGGGCGAAGGAGACGAUGACGACGUCGCGCGCUCGCGCCCCUACGACAACGACGAAUUUCCGCGCGCUCGUGACGAGCUUUUCCUCUCCACUUCGUCUCCGUGCGUGGACUCUGUUCACGGCGCUGCCGGUUCGGGUGCGCGCGACACGUACAAACCGGCGAGCAAGAACGCUCUGGUGAAGCCUCCCUACUCGUACAUCGCGCUCAUCACCAUGGCCAUCCUUCAGAGUCCCAAGAAGCGGUUGACGCUCAGCGAAAUCUGCGACUUCAUCAGCAACCGCUUUCCGUACUACCGCGAGAAGUUUCCCGCAUGGCAGAACUCAAUCCGCCACAAUCUGUCACUCAACGACUGUUUCGUCAAGAUCCCCCGCGAGCCCGGCAACCCAGGCAAAGGUAACUACUGGACGCUGGAUCCGGAGUCAGCCGACAUGUUCGACAACGGCAGCUUCCUGCGCCGGCGAAAGCGCUUCAAGCGCCAGCAGGCACCCGAGCUCCUUCGGGAACACGGCGCUUUCGUCCCUGCGUACGGCUACGGAGCUUAUGGUUGCGGUUACGGCCUCCAACUGCACGCGGCAUAUCAAGCGCAUUCCGCACUCUUUACUUUCCAGCAGCAACAGCAGGCGCCUCCGUCUUCAAGACACACCGGAACUCUGAUCCCCGCGCCUUCCCUCAUGCCAAACACAGCCGAACUCGCGCGCUCCCGUUUCUAUCCUCCGCUGAGUCCCGGGAUUUCCUCCCCGGAACAGACUGCGACCAAAUCCCCGGUACACCGCUCACCAUUUUCCAUAGAAAGCCUCAUAGGGAGUGCUGGGAGUCCGGCGCAUGCGCACUGUGCCUCACGGACUCCGCCGGUGCCUUUCGGACCGAAUGGAGCCGAAAAGUUUCCCACACGGAUUGUCAAUGGCACAAGCGGCUGUUAAUUAUUAAUUGAAGUUCACAUUAAAAAAAUAAUAAUAAGCGAUACACUCAAACGCUCCUGUUUUUAAGGUAGGAUUGUUUUUUAUUUGAUUUUUUUGUUAAACACAGCUGAAUGGUAGACAUAAAAUGCUCCUUGUGCCUAUAUAACAUCUAGUCUAACACUUUUAAUUACAUUUCAUUACAGUGAUUAGUAGACUCGGCGUAGGGCACCUCAGGAUAAUAACAUGUUUAUUUUUAACAAAAUAUAACAAACUGUCAGUUCAUCUUACGCAGUGUGUUUUGUCUCCAGACCCAUUUAAUAAAACCUUUUAAAUUUUAGUUCUUUUUCAUGAAAUUCACAAGGACUUAUAUGUGUGCUUAUAUCAGUAAUAUGUACAUUAUUUUAGUUGUAUACUCGGAGUGUAAUAUUUUUUACACGAUUUGUUUUUACAAUAAGAAUAAAUAUUGUUUUACAGAAAAGAUGAGUGGAAAUUAACUUCUUAAUAUCUACACAAAAUCUCCAAAAAUGAUAAAACAAUUUGCGAUCAACUGCUUCAUAAUUUGUCUCUGUGGAAAAGAAAAAAUAAGAUGAAAAAAGUUGCGA